AUGGAACUGGGCAAAAAUAGAUUGCAUCUCUGGAGGCCAAUUAAAAAUAAACAAACUGUAGCACAAGCAACAAGGGAAUUCCUUGACUUUUUUUCUUAGCGAGAAGCCCCCAAUUUCUGGAAAAAAAAUGGAACUCAAAGCUGGAUGCAAAUCAGAGCAACAAUAAAAAGAAAAGCACUGACAAUUCGAUUUUAAAAAACUUUCCAUUCACCUUACCUCCUUGUGGAGCUCUGAAAUAGGCAGUCGCAACCUGAGAAGCCACCGCACCUUCCUUGGCGCGCUCAAACCGGUGGGACACUGGACUUGCUGCAAGAAUUCUGGCUAACAUGUCAACCAUCAGCCCCGAAUACGACUACUUAUUUAAGCUGCUGCUAAUCGGCGAUUCUGGAGUGGGGAAGUCCUGCCUGCUACUCCGUUUUGCGGAUGACACCUACACGGACAGUUACAUUAGCACCAUCGGAGUGGACUUCAAAAUCCGGACCAUCGAGCUGGAGGGGAGGACCAUCAAGCUGCAGAUUUGGGACACGGCUGGACAGGAGCGCUUCCGAACCAUCACCUCCAGCUACUACCGAGGCGCGCACGGCAUCAUCAUCGUGUACGAUGUGACUGACCAGGAUUCCUUCAACAACAUGCAUCUCUGGCUGGAGGAAAUUACUCGCUAUGCCAGUGAGAACGUCAACAAGUUGAUUGUAGGAAAUAAGAGUGACCUUUCUAGCAAGAAAGCAGUGGAUUACACUACUGCCAAGGAAUACGCAGACUCCCUGGGAGUGCCCUUCCUGGAGACCAGCGCCAAGAACGCCACCAACGUCGAGCAGGCCUUCUUGACCAUGGCCGCCGAGAUCAAGAACCGGGUCAGCAGCGGCCCCACGCAGAACGACAGCCACAAGCCCGCCCUCCACAUCCAGAGCGGCCCGUUACGGCAAGAAGGCGCCGGCCCCGGGGAAGACGGGGGCGGAGGCUGCUGCUAAGAGGCUUUCCGCAUGCUGAGCGACCGAGGGCCAGUUGCAGGGAGCGCCCGGGAAAGGGGGUAACACCAGGCAGCCGAAGCCCCCCACCUCGCUAAGCAUCCCAGCUUACCCUGGCAGACUUGGACUGCGCAAAGGAACAUCUGCCUGGUUCGUUCUACCUUCUGGACUUCGGAGCUCUCAGAGUCGUCCCUGAUCAGCUGGUCCUCUGCCCCUCGCCUCUUCCUAAGCCAGGCCAAGGCUCUUCCGCUGACAGGGCUCCCAGGAAUGCCCUGGAGUAGAGGGCUGUCUGCUGCAGAGUCCAGCCGUAGGCCUGUCCCCGUCCAGGAAGUGGCAGAGUUGGAGCAGGCCCAUUCAGAGGGAACUGAAAGAGGCACACCCAUCACGCAC